CUCCAGCUGCUUUCCUUUCACAGUGGCGUGGGACUGGCAAGAGCACAUUUCGAGAAGCAGCCCCCCUCCAACCUCAGGAAAUCCAAUUUCUUCCACUUCGUUCUGGCCAUGUAUGACCGGCAGGGGCAGCCUGUGGAGGUGGAGCGCACAGCCUUCAUCGACUUUGUGGAGAAGGACCGAGAGCCUGGGGCUGAGAAGACAAACAACGGGAUUCACUACCGCCUCCGGCUGGUGUAUAACAACGGCCUUCGGACAGAGCAGGACCUCUACGUGCGCCUCAUAGACUCCAUGUCCAAGCAGGCCAUCAUCUAUGAGGGGCAGGACAAGAACCCCGAAAUGUGCCGAGUGCUGCUCACCCACGAGAUCAUGUGCAGCCGAUGCUGUGACCGGAAGAGCUGUGGCAACCGGAAUGAGACACCCUCAGACCCAGUCAUUAUUGACAGGUUUUUCCUCAAGUUCUUCCUCAAAUGCAACCAGAAUUGCCUAAAGAAUGCAGGGAAUCCCCGGGACAUGCGCCGCUUCCAGGUGGUGGUAUCCACGACAGUGAGUGUGGAUGGACAUGUGCUGGCUGUGUCCGACAACAUGUUUGUGCACAACAACUCCAAGCACGGCCGCAGGGCUCGCCGCCUGGACCCCUCAGAAGCUGCCACCCCCUGCAUCAAGGCCAUCAGUCCUGGGGAGGGCUGGACCACUGGUGGUGCCACCGUCAUUGUCAUCGGUGACAACUUCUUCGAUGGGCUACAGGUCGUGUUUGGGAACGUGCUGGUGUGGAGUGAGCUCAUCACCCCCCAUGCCAUCCGGGUGCAGACACCCCCAAGGCACAUCCCGGGGGUGGUGGAAGUGACUCUUUCCUACAAAUCCAAGCAGUUUUGCAAGGGAGCCCCUGGCCGCUUCGUCUACACAGCCCUGAACGAGCCCACCAUCGACUACGGAUUCCAGCGACUACAGAAAGUCAUCCCCAGACACCCGGGAGAUCCCGAGAGGUUGCCCAAGGAGGUGCUGUUGAAGCGGGCAGCCGAUCUGGCGGAGGCUCUGUACGGAGUGCCCAGCAGCAACCAGGAGCUCCUCCUGAAGCGCGCCGCCGACGUGGCCGAGGCGCUCUACAGCGCCCCCCGCGCGCCCGCACCGCUCGGACCCCUGGCGCCCAGCCACCCGCACCCAGCCGUCGUGGGCAUCAACGCCUUCAGCACCCCGCUGGCCAUCGCCGUCGGGGACGCCACGCCGGGACCCGAGCCGGGCUACGCGCGCAGCUGCAGCAGCACAUCCCCGCGCGGGUUCGCGCCCAGCCCCGGCUCGCAGCAGAGCAGCUACGGCGGUGGUCUAGGUGCUGGUCUGGGCGGCUAUGGGGCCCAGGGCGUGGCCGGCCUGGGUGUGCCCGGGUCCCCGAGCUUCCUCAAUGGCUCCACGGCCACCUCCCCCUUCGCCAUCAUGCCCUCUAGCCCCCCACUGGCUGCUGCCUCCUCUAUGUCCCUCCCGGCCGCUGCCCCCACCACCAGCGUCUUCUCCUUCUCGCCUGUCAACAUGAUCUCCGCUGUCAAACAGAGGAGCGCCUUUGCCCCCGUGCUGCGCCCACCCAGUUCCCCAUCCCAGGCCUGCCCCAGAACCCAUGGAGAGGGGCUCCCAGACCAGUCCUUUGAGGAUUCUGACAAGUUCCACUCUCCAGCCCGGGGGCUUCAGGGCCUGGCAUACUCCUAAUUACGGUCUUCAGGUGUUGCCCCCAUUGAGCCUGGAGUGGAGGUACCUCUGGGGUUUAUACCCAUGCCCAGGAUGGCAACACAGGACCAGAGCUCUGGGCGGACCUCACCGUAGAGGUCUAAUCAGCAGAGGGCUUCCUCUGUGUGCUCAAGGCCCCCCACAGACCCCUCAGGCAUCUCUCACCCCCCUUUCCUGGGGCUAGUGGGAAGUCCUAGCACUGUGCCGAAGCUCCCAGCAGGAGAGCACCCAGGAGAGGUGCUGAGAUGCCAGGCCUCAUGGCAGGGUCAAUUCCUCUGGAAGAAAUGGACCUUGUGCAGACCAAAGGCAUCAGAUGAUGAGAGCGAGGAUGGGGACAGUGGAAGAAGACAGCUCAGGGAGAGGUGGCCUGGGGAAGUCCUAUUUGCAUCUGUCCCAUUUCAAUUGGCUCAGCAUCCCAGCUUCUUUCCAGGGCAAGGGUGGUGUCCAGUAGCCUUAGGAGGCCCCUCAGGCUCCCAUGGAGCUGCCGAUGGCCACGUGACCCUGCGGCUGCACCACCACUCCCUUUAAGGCCUGCACAGCUAUGCUUGCCACAUUGUGAACCCCAGGA